UGUAGUAGCCGUAUCACCGUGCACCCGUGCAGUGAGGCCUCCAAUGCUACCGCUCACACAUAACUGCACCACAAUGCACCACAAUAAUGUAGACUCAACAGCAUGGAUCUAUUCAGCUCCCAAGAAGCGUGGGACCCACUUUCCCAAAGUGUUGAUUUCGACGUUGAGUCUGCUGAAGUUGACAGCCUACUGCGUCAACAAGGCCGUGAUAGCUCAGAGGAUGAUGAGGCUCUGCCGGUUUAUAAGUUGAUCCAUCGCAUUCGGCGGCUAGUAAUUGCCACACUGGAUGACCCCUAUACCCUUGACGAACUCCGAGGACCUCGACUCAAUGUGGUUAUCGUACGGCCUCUAGUCAAUCGCCUAUAUGACCCGGACAAUCCCUCGGUUGCAUGUGGUACAGUGUAUUGCCUGCUUGCCAAUCGCAUACAAUUCCUACGCGAGCAGUCCAACUCAGCUCAGCAAACGGUUAGCACAGCUCGUGCGGCAUUAUGUGAGCUCGUUGCUGCUCGUGUCCUGCGGCGGUUCAACGAGGACCAUGCCGGCCCCAUUGGACUACUUCUCAUGGCUCACAUCCUUGUUGAUGGGUUUGAUCCAUUCCAAGGGGCUCCAUCACACAUAGAGGAGGAGUAUCGGCAUCCGCAAUGGCCUCUGCAGAGACACGAUGGGCACGAGCGCAAACUAACCUCGCUCGAACUGGCGAUCAUAUCAGAAAGCAAAGUCUUCAUUAGCUCUGCCGCCUGCCUCAAAGUGAUCGACGCUGUAUAUGGGGGCAGGAUAGUGUAUACACCGAUCUCUUUUGUCGACAUUCUCCCGGACCAUUACAAAUACCGUCCUAUAUCAUUAUAUGACGCGCGAAGCGCGCCUUUGCUGCCGCAUACUCGGCUAUCCGUUCCUCGUGUGCGAGCUGUCCUAGAGCUGGCGCAGUUUCUUGUGCUGGUCAUUUUAUAUGUCCUGACCAUGGUCCAUCGCAGCAGUCCUAACACUACCAUUUAUGAGUGGCUAUUCAUAGUCUAUACGGUUGGAUGGGUGGUAGAUGAGUUUGCAGCAGUGAUAGAGCACGGGUGGCAGGUCUACACGCAGACCUUGUGGUCGUUUCUAGACAUGACCUUCAUGCUCAUAUUCGGGGCUUAUGCAGUCGGGCGGAACUAUGACAUGUCCGCUACUACCAUGGCCGAUGGAUUAGGGCCACAUAUCCUAUGUACCGCCGCCCCCGUUCUCCUCACUCGUGCAGCAUUUGCUCUCCUGCCGGACAAUCUUGUCUUCAUAUCGAUACACGCAAUGAUGCGGGACUUUACUCUUGUUACGUUCCUCGCCACGUGGUGCUUUACGGGAUUCCUUCUGGCGCUAAUGUGGCUCAACAGCAGUCUCGAUCCUGACUUGUCCCCUGGCUGGGUCACGGUGUGUAAAUGGUUGCUAUGGGUCUGGUUCGGUCUCGACGGCACCGGGUUCAGUCGAUCUGGCGAAUUUCAUCCGAUACUGGGUCCAGCGCUCAUGACUGCUUUCGCUUUUCUUGGCAACACCUUAUUCCUAACCAUCCUCGUCGCGCUCCUCACAAACACAAUUUCUCAGAUUAUCACGGAUGCUCCUGCUGAAAUACAGUUUCGGCGAGCAGUACUCACGUUUGCUGGGGUGAAGAGUGAUUCAAUCUUCGCAUACCCACCACCAUUCAAUCUGGCAGCUCUGCUCGUUCUGCUGCCAUUGAAGCCCUUGAUCACACCAAGGCUGUUUCAUACAAUCAACGUGUUUCUCAUUCGGACUCUCAAUUUCCCGACCCUACUGUUCGUCGGCUACAUCGAACGGCACGGUUUUCUGAAGGCACCAAGGCGGAGCAGAGAUUCUUUCUUACACUGGAACUUCAGCGGCUUCUCGCCGCACGGUGACAUAAAAGCGGUUUUCGAGGCAGAACCACCACCGAUAGUGCAAUCUGAGCUGGAGGAGCUAGACGCGCUGAGUGACCUAGGGUAUGCGGAGAGCGAACUGUUUUCACCGAGAUCACUUUCCAGAAGAACAGCGCCGCGGGGACGCCGGAGAAAAGGCAGAAGAUUGUCCUCUCCAGGAAAUAUUAUGUUCCCGUUAUCGAAUGCCCCGACUAGGGAACGUGAAACUUUAAACAUAACUUGAUGUUAUCAUAAACAUAAAGGAAUAAAUAAAAUAAAGAUAUAAAAAGUAUUUAAGAUUAAAGUAUUAAAUUUUUUAAGUUUAUAAAGCUUAUUAAAUCAUUAUAAUAAAAAGGUAUUAUAAAUUAAAUAUAUUAAAAUUG